GUUUGUUCCUUCUACACUCGGCCUAGUUCAGCUCAACUGCCAAUAGUAUGAUAUCGAUCAACUACUCUUGUACAUAUUAAUCCUUUAUCUUAGGCAGACCAAGUACCUACUUGAGGAAUCACCUUGCUUCUCGUGACCAAUUUACCAUCGAAGCACUUCCGCGCAUCAUGCACGCGUUGCAUGCAGCUUGCGUGACUUACUCCUGCGGAAUGGGGGCCGAGGAGGUUUAUAAAACCGGGCCUGCGAUGGCAAGGAGCUCCUCCACUCAAGAAUGCGCAACGUACUAGUGUUCGCAUUUUUUGCCUUAUUCAACGGUAUGUUUGCACAGAAUUCCAUCCGCCCUACAGUUGACCUCGGGUAUGUGACAUAUCUCGGCAACCGGACAUAUCCAAAUACGGUGGCAUACCUCGGGAUACCGUACGCCGAGCCUCCUGUAGGCCAUUUGCGUUUCCGUGCAACUGUCCCUCUGAACACGACCCGUGUGGGUGAAGAGGCCAACUUGAACGGGGAGGGAGUGGUCAACGCGACCUACUACCCUGACUUUUGCAUUCAAGGAACAACGGGUGCUGGGGAUGCAGGAGGAGCAGGCUCAGAGGACUGCUUAACCGUCAACGUCUACUCACCCUACGGUGCCCAAGAAGGCGACAACCUGCCUGUACUGUUCUACAUCCAUGGCGGAGGUUAUAUCUAUGGAAAUCCACGUAGCUGGCCAUUUGAUAGCUGGAUCAAUCAAAGUCCGAAUGUCGUCAUCGUAGCUGUUUACUACCGUCUUGGUUCUUUCGGCUUCCUAGCCACUCCCGAGUUCGCCGACACUACGCACGGUGACUUUAACGCGGGAUUCAAGGACCAGAUCCAGGCACUCAAAUGGGUCAAAUCAUAUAUCAGAAAAUUCGGUGGUGACCCGACCAAAGUGACCAUCAAUGGUCAGAGCGCCGGUGGUAACUCCGUGGAGCUUCACAUGAUUGCCAACGAGGAUGAACAGCUUUUUUCUGCCGCUAUUGCGCAGAGCGUCUUCAGGACGCCCCUUCCCACCCCUGAGCAACAGCAGCCCCUCUUUCAAUUCUAUGCAUCGUAUGCAGGGUGUAGAACGGGUUCUGUGGCAGAGCAAAUGACAUGCCUCCGUGGUGCAAGCGUUAGCGCGCUUGCACGGGCACAGGAUGCUGCAGCCCAAAAGUUCUGCCUACCCUACCCAAGACAGCCGUUUCCGCAACUGACGGGUGGCAGUUCUGGGUCGUACAAUUUAUUUCGCCCCGUCAUGGACGGCAUGCUGAUUACUGGACACCCUACAUCAAAGUUCCAACGCAAUGAAUUCGCUCAUGUUCCGCUUAUAAUUGGCGCAACCUCCAAUGAGACUCUUUCUAGCGGGACGAAUAUCUCUCUGACACUUCAGGAAUUUUUCCCAUCACUGACAAACACCGACAUUCGAGAAUUCUUACUUCUAUAUCCAGUAGAUGAAUUUGAUUCUUCGAGUCAGCAAUUCCAGGUGGCAACAGGUGAGCCUGAAGUGAUAUGCAGUUGCCAGGCCAUGGGCGGUCCAUCUUCGCGACAUUCUAAUACUUGGACUUAUCGGUACAACACACCUAACCCGACGAGCGGUACCGAUGCUGUCUCACAUUCUGCGGAUAACUGGAUGAUGUUUGAUGGCACUGACACCGGUUUUAAUGGCUCUAUGACAUUUACAUCACAGACGCCCGCCGAACUCGCGUUUGCUUCCGAACUCAUUGCUUACUGGCUUUCCUUCGUGCGCACCGGCAAUCCGAAUACUUACAAGCUGGAAAAGUCUCCGGUGUGGGAGCAGUACACUGAGUUAAACCCAGUACGGAUGGUUCUCAUGCAGGACCCACAAAAUUUGACGACUGUGAGUGGUAGCUAUAUGGAGAGACAGCCUGUUGCGGAGGCUGCCAGGUGUGCAUUUGUAAUUAGCAAGGCGCAAGCUUGUGAAAAUUAGGCAGGAUCAUAAUGACUUGUCUAGCUCAUUUAUCUUAAUAGAUACGCAAACUAGAGUGUGGUGGAUUACCC